AUGGCUCGCUUCAUGCUAGCUCGUGUCACGACGCGCGUGUCACCGACAGUGCUCGAGUGGGGUCGCUCUGCUCAUGCUACUACCAUCACUUUGAGGGAAAUGGAUGGCUGCGUGUUGGCCUCGAUCCAGGAGCAAGCCAAUAAACGAGCGUGCGGGGUCAACAGGUCGACACCGCCUCCCAACACCAAUGGCAUGCUUUCAAGGGUAAAUCCCAUAACAAUGGAGACACUUACCUGGUAUUUCAAGGCCGUAUUGGUCGGGGUAGCUCACGGCGACAGUGUGCAGGAUCGGUAG